CUUCCUGUGUAUCCCGGAAGUGGUGGUGUGAGAACGAUGGCGGAGCUCCGGGAGUUGCAGAGUCGGGUGCAGGAGCUGGAGCAGCGUCUGUACGGGGAGAGCGGGGCUCAGACAAGGAAGGUCACAGACGGGUUGAUGAAAGUGCAGGUUGCUCUGGGGAACAUCGCCAGCAAGAGGGAGCGAGUGAAGACCCUGUACAAGAAAAUCGACGACCUGAUAAAGUAUCUGGACCCUCAGUACAUCGACAGAAUCGCUGUCCCCGACGCCAUAAAGCUGGAGGUCAUUUUGGCAGAGGAGCAGUACAUCCUGUCCCAGGCCGCACUGCUGGAGCAGCUCCAUUCCCUGCAGCCCCUGCUGGACAGUGAGCACAUCAAAGCGGUGCCGGCGCAGGCCUCCAAGCUACAGACUCUGUCCCAGAUCCACAUAAAGCAUCAGGACCAGAGCGAGGAGAUAACGGCUGAGACCAAGAAACUCCUCGAGGACUACAACAGCAUGACCCUUCUCCUUUCUAAGCAGUUUGUGAUGUGGGACGAGGUUCUUUCUCAGCUGGAAGCCGCAAAACAGGUGAAGCCUCGCCCGGAGUGACCCCGGUGACCGGAGCCGCCAUCAUGUACUUUGCAUGUACCGUCCUCCACACUCCAGCAGCGGCUCUUCUUAUCCUGUGCUGCUGAUGGACGGGCGCCGCUGAUCUCUGCUGCCAUGCCGCAUUUCCCUCCUAUCGUCUCUCAGGAUUGGCAGAUCCACUUCCUGUCUCCGUACACACGAGGACUGUGCUUUUUGCUGCCGGACGAGCGAUGGGCACCAUGACAGGAGCCCAAUGUUUAAUAAAGCGUCAUUAUAAGGAGCACUUACAGGAGGAGACCGUCAGCAAGGAGCGUCUUAUUUAUACCCGUAAUCUGUCUGUGCCGGCGGGGGAUGGGGCUGUGGAGUCUGACAACAGCUCAUGGUGCCUCUCUAUACAAACCUGGGUCACUCUGUGCACCUUCUGUACUGGUCUUGUGUUAUACUCUAGUUACAACCAGAGCAGCAUUCCUAAUUCUGCAGUAACAUUAGGUCCUGCACUCGUUACAGCCAGAGCUGCAGCUCUCUAAGCGCAGAAUGUGCAGACAGAUAUUGCCAUGAUGUGUUGCGGGAGUCACAGGGGCCCCUGGGUGCCUGCACUCUCCAUAGGGCCGGUUCGAGCCGCCUCUACAGUCCCAGUGACAGUGGCCAUAUCUCCCACAAUGCACUACAGGCAGCGGCGGUCUUCAGAUCUAACCCGGAAGACAGCAGGUGUGUGAAUGCAGCUCUGGAUGUAAUUGGAGUAAGGCCUCAUGCACACGACCGUUGUUGUGUCCGUUUUCCGUGAUUUUCUGCAGACCCAUUGACUUUCAAUGGGUCCGUGGAAAAUUCUGAAAAUGCACCGUUUGUCGUCCGUGAUCCGUGUCUCCAGUCCCACGGAGGGUUCGCGGACCCAAUUAAGUCAAUGGGUCCGUGAAAAAACACGGAUGCACACAAGAUUGUCGCCCGCGUCCGUUUUUUUCCUAUCAUUUGCAUGGCAAACUAAACUUUUUUUUUUUUUUACUUUCCUUCAUGUCUGGAGAUCCUCCAAAAAUAACGGAAGACACACGGAAACAAAAACGGACACGGAACAACGGAACCCCUUUUUGCGGACCGCAAAAAAAUACUGUUGUGUGCAUGAGGCCUAAUACACAUGAAAAGUGAAGGGUUUACAGAGUGACGGCACUGUAUGUACAGAUUGACCCCCCCCCCCCCGCUGCAGGUUUGGCUGUGUUUAGUGUCUGUUUUUGGAGUCAGGAUCUCACUGCCCUAAUAAAACUAGAGCUUUCCCUCCCCCCGCAGUAUAGACCCCUUCCAUGUUUAUAUAUGGGGUGACCCCGCCGAUGUCCCGUCACCUGUGGAGGAUCCGUGAUGUCAUCGUUUUACUGGUUUCUCGUUUCUAAUCCCAAUAAAAUGUAUAACCCGGACGAGU